AUGUCCAACAUCAAGUUCAACCCCGCAUCCGAUAUUCCCGACCAGUCUGGCCGAGUGUUCCUGAUCACUGGUGGCACCACCGGUCUUGGAGCGUCAUCCAUAUCUUUUCUCGCAUCUCACAACCCUGCGCACAUCUACUUCAGCGGUCGCAACAAAGCUCGCGCCAAUGAACUCAUCUCCAAGAUCGCCAUGGCCUCACCCUCCACCAAAGUUACCUUCAUCGAGUGCGACCUCGCGAGUCUCGCAUCCGUCCAAUCUGCCGCCAAACAGUUCUUGUCAUCGUCUGAUCGCCUCGAUGUUCUUAUGUGCAACGCAGGUAUCAUGGCCGUACCUAACGACGUAAGCAAAGAUGGCUACGAAAUCCAAUUCGCAACAAACCACCUCGGCCACGCGCUACUCAUGAAGCUGCUCUUACCUGUCAUGCUCGACACCGCAUCGCAACCAAACGCCGACGUCCGCAUCGUCAACCUCUCAUCCGUAGCUUACAAACAAAACGUGCCUUCCACUGGCAUCGAGUUCUCAAAGCUCAAGACCAAAGGCGCAAACUACGGUUCCUUCUUCAGCUUCAACAAAUGGGUCUGUUACGGCCAGUCCAAGCUAGCCAAUCUGCUUUACGCUACUGAACUGGCUGCUCAUCACCCGAGUAUCACGUCUGUGGCGGUGCAUCCUGGCUUUAUCAAGACGGAUCUUUUCGCGAGCACGAACUUUAUGGAUCGUCAGGUUGUGAAUAUUAUCUCCGGCGGGAAUUGGCUUGAUACGGAACAGGGGGCGUAUAACCAGACUUGGGCGGCUACUACCAAGAAGGAGAGCUUGGUCAAUGGAGCUUAUUAUGAGCCGGUGGGUGUGAAGACGACGCCGAGUACGAAGCUAGGGAGGGAUCGGGCGUUGGCGAAGGAGUUGUGGGAGUGGACUGAGAAGGAGUUGAAGGCGUGGGUGUGA